GCCACAUUUCUCACCAUCCAAAUAAAACAUUCCUCUCUUAUCUCUUGCUACAUAAAUUCUUCCUGUUUUCACUCGUUGACAUAACUAUUAUCAUCCAAAACAUGUCACUGACAAACACUUUGGCUAUUUUUGUCAUCUUCUUCUCUGCCAUCUCCUUUGCUUUUGCUUCUGACCCUGACACACUUCAAGACAUUUGUGUGGCACUUCCCUCUUCAGGUGUGAAGGUGAACGGAUUUGAAUGCAAGGCUGAGGCAAAUGUAACAGAAGAUGAUUUCUUCUUUGCUGGCUUAGCCAAUCCUGGAGUAAUCAACAACACAUUGGGAUCUUUGGUUACUGCAGCCAAUGUGGAAAAAAUCCCAGGACUUAACACAUUGGGAGUGUCUUUCUCAAGGAUAGACUACAAAGCUGGGGGACUUAACCCACCUCACACACACCCUCGUGCCACUGAGAUUGUGUUUGUGUUGGAAGGUCAAUUAGACGUGGCAUUUAUCACCACAGCCAACAAACUCAUCUCAAAGUCCAUUAACAAGGGUGAAAUCUUUGUGUUCCCUAAAGGUUUGGUGCACUAUCAGAAGAACAGUGGGGACAAGCCUGCUUCAGUGCUUUCUGCCUUCAACAGCCAACUCCCUGGAACCUUCUCUGUAGCUGCAGCUCUUUUCAGCUCAACACCAACUGUGCCUGAUAAUGUUCUUGCUCAGGCUUUCCAGAUUGAUACUAAACAGGUUGACAACAUCAAGGCCAAUCUUGCUCCUAAGAAGAGUUAAUUUAAAUCGAGCUUAAUGAUAUUCAAUGGAGAGAGAGAUAUGAUUCAUUGUAUCUGUUAUGGUGUUGCGCUUUCCUUGUUAUUAUUUUUCUUUUAUUAGUUGCCCUUUCCUCGUUUAUGUGGCAUUGAGCAUGUUGUAUCACGGAAUAUGUAGUAGAAGGUGUCACCCUUAAUGUGGGUGCACUCAUUUCUUGGUUUUGUGAUUCAUUAUUUUGUAAACACAGAUCAAUAAAGGUUGGACCUUUACCACCUCA